GAGCCGCCGCUUCCCCAGCCCGCAGCGAGAGGCCCGCGGAGGAGCCCUCGGCCCUGGCCGCUGCCACCAUGCCCAAGAGGAAGGCCAAAGGCGACGCCAAAGGGGACAAGGCCAAGGCCAAGGAGGAGCCGCAGCGGCGGUCGGCGCGCUUGUCGGCCAAGCCCGCGCCCCCGAAGGCGGAGCCCCGGCCCAAGAAGACCCCCGCCAAGAAGGGGGAGAAGCCGCCCAAGGGGAGGAAGGGCAAGGCCGAGGCGGCCAAGGAGGGCAACAACCCCGCCAAGGGCCGCGACGCCGCCGCCACCGCGUCGCAGCGGGCCGAGGGCGCCGGCGACGCCAAGUGAGGGGACCGCGGGCGCGCCCGCCGCUGGGACUCGGCCCUGGGUGCGAGGGGCUUUUCCUUUCCGACCCGUUUUAUAACAAUGUAGCGGUCUUGGUUGUUUCGUUUCCGUUUUUGUUUCUGUUUUUCCUCUAAGUUAUGUUGUUAGCGCACAGCACACUUGGUUGAUGUCGUUUGUGGGAAGGGCCAGGACCACUAAGAAGGGCCCAGAAGCUGGUUUGCAACGGGCUGGAGGAGUUUCUGUGGCUUUAGAUGAUUCUGGGUACCCCGGAGCCACCGUCUGGCCGACACACCCCCGACCCCUCGGGGGCUCAAGGCCCCCACCCGGGGACAAGAGACAUGUCCCGUCCUCUCGGGCCGGCGCAGACGAUGCCAAAACCCAGAUCCUGCUGCGGCCUUGGCACCCCGACACUUGGCUCUGUCUGACUCCUUGCCCGGGCCCGUCGGGGGGUCCGCAGAGGGGGGCUGUUGGCAAGUGUGUCCUGGGCACCGUCGGGCUGCGGACAAUCCGGUUUUCACGGCUCCAGCUCAGAGUGGACCCGAGCAAAGCAGUUUCAGGCCCGGGAACGGGCCGCCCCGUCGGAAAACACCUGCUUUUCCGCAACAGCAGGAGACUGUCAGUGUCGCGGUGGCAGGGGAGGGAAUCUGGAAGGUGUGAACUGUGUUCUGCGGGAGUUCAGUGCUUUUGAAAAGGAGCGCAUCAAGCUGGAUACAAGUCGGUUUGGCAAUGGGAGCAGAGGCCUUAUUUUCUGCCCAAAGUUAUUAAAGAUAUUCUUUAUUGCAUCGUAAAAGUUUUAUAGUUUUGCUUAUCACAUUUGUGGAAAAUGUGAGCUAGACGUUCAAUGUAUUUUUUUUUCCCUGUAUGGGUUAAUGGUUGUUCCAGCACUGUUUGCUGAAAAGUUUCUUCCACCUACUAAUCCCUAACACUGAUUUAUAAAUUGUCGUGGUGGGGGCCUGUUCAUGGUUUUCCUGACUCGCUGGGCAGUUGGUCUCGCCCUGAGGCAGUACUGCACAAUUCGGAGUGCUCCAGUUGUAGAAAAAAGGCCCCGCUGGGUCAGGAGAAGUCCCACCUCCCUCAAAUUUUCUUUCUUGGAUGUUUCUUGGCUAAUUCUUAGGCCUUUGCCUUUCCAUACAACUUCUGGAAUUAAACCCACAAGUUUUCAAAAGAAUGUUUGCAUUGUAUUGGAUUUGUAUUGAACUUAUUAGAUCAUCACAUUGCAGCUUCCGGUCCGUGAAUGAGGUAUCGCUCUCCAUCUAGGUAUUUUCAAUGGCUUUCAAUAAACUUUUAUAAUUUU